AUGCUCUCACCAAACGCCCUCCGAAUCCUAGACGCAGUAGGAAUAUACAAAGGCAUUAAAACCCGCGGUUUCAACUUCAAAGACCUCCGCUUCCGCACCACAGUCCCACUAGACUCCUACGAAUUCGGAAGCCAAGAGAAAUACGGCUACGACGCACUCCGCAUCUACCGCCACGAACUGAUCGACGCCCUCCUCGCCGCAACGAAGGACCUCGGAAUCGAAAUCCACUACGGAAAGAAAUUCAUCCAUAUCCUCACAGAGACUGAGACAGAUGUAUCUUGGGAAUUCGAAGACGGCACCACUGCCACUGCGGCUUGUCUCGUUGGCGCGGAUGGUAUCCAUUCCCGAGUCCGGAAAUAUCUCUACCCAGACCUUGAGCCGAUGUUCACUAAUGCUGUCGGUGUGAAUGCGGCUGUGCCGACUGCACAGUUGAACCUCCCCGAGGGAUUCGAUCUCCCGGUCACGAUCAUGAAUCCCAAACAUGGGGCUUUCGUUAUUGCACUUCAACUCCGCGAUGGCUCUGAAGCUUUCAUUGGAAAACCGAAACGCGCACCUGAACUUGAUCGUGAGGGCUGGAAUGCCUUGCUUAAUGAUAAGCAGUGGUGUGUCGACUUCCUCCGACAAGGCGCGGAGGAUUUCCCGCAAGUUGUGCAGGAUGCUGUCUCAAACAUCCCGCUCGAUAGGAUCAAUCUGUGGCCGUUUUAUGUGGUUCCCAAAUUGGAUACUUGGACUUCAAAGCACUCUCGUGUUGUUAUUCUCGGUGAUGCUGCGCAUGCUAUCCCGCCUACUGCUGGCCAGGGUAUUAAUCAGGCCUUUGAGGACGUUUAUACCUUCGCUGUUAUCUUGGCGCGGUGUAAGACCCAGGAACUUGAGCGUGGAUUGAAGGUAUGGCAGUGCGGUCGUCAGGAGCGGGUUGAUCGGAUUUUGGAGCUUAAUGCUCAGAUUGAUGCUCGUCGUAUGCCUAGGGAUCCUGGGUUGGGUCCGUCGGAGAAUGAGAAUAGGCCGUUUGAUUUGGAGUGGUUGUAUAGUCCUGACUUUGAUGAGAUGGCACAGAAAUGGCUUGAGGAAGCUGCUGAGAUUUGA